ACUUUAAGUGGACAGGGACGGUGGCCAUUAGCGGACAAUCCAAACUUGGCAAUCAUGGCGUCUGCCGUGACCUUCUGUGCAUACUAUGCCGUGCAGCUAACGAUACUCAUGACCUCUCUGAGCUUCCGUACUGUACACUCCGCCUUAACAGUAACCGUUGUUAACAUCACAGCGUAUAGCGCCACCAUACGGUGGGAAUUGGGCAUCCCGCAAUCCUCUAAUCUGACUGGAUUUAGUCUCACCAACUCAGGUGACUUUGCAAUGAACAUGAUUGAAGACAUUCACAAUGUUUCAUCGAGAAUGUACAGCCUGCCAGAUUUGGACGACUUGAGAGGCUACAACGCAUGCGUGGCGACCCUUGUCCCUGCACCGGAAGUACCGGAAGUUGGCUGUGCUCAGUUCUCAACACCUAUGGGUUCAACGACAUCUCUUGCCAUCGUAGCGGGCUUAUUCCUCCUUAUCUGCUUGGUGACGUUCGCCAUUUUGGAUUUCGUGGUCUCAAAGAGUCGAAACAGGGUGUUGGCCUACAAGCGAACGGAGCUCCUUGAGCAAGGCUGGCAGACCUUCCAGAGACACUCAAAGAAGAAAGGCAAGGCCCGAAAGAAGAAGAAUGCCUCUGGUAGACCCAUCUCUAGCGCCCCCUACGAUGAGCCAGAUGGUGAGGAGCCCCAACCAAUGGACGCAGAUUUGUCAAAUAAUAUUUAAGCAAACAAAUAUUGGCUCAACAAGUGUGUAAACAUAAACACUGAUACUUCUGUGCAAUGGUACUUCCAAAGCCAGAACUAAAAAGAGAAAGUUGCUUGCUGUAUGUUGCAUAAACAUGGAUAAAGAUGAUCAAAUUAAAAAUGCACGAGAAAAGGUCUGAGACAGCAAAAUGCAUUUUAGGCUGAGAUUUAAAAGUACUUUGGAACUUGUUAUUAAAAAGUUGUUUUAAGAUUUACCCAUUAUUAUCUUUUUACAGAGCGGCUUGAAAACUUUUCGUCACAUACAUUUUGGCUAAAUUUCGCUAUAGCUUCUGACUAAUACAUGUACACGCACACGAUUGUAUCUGAUACGCAGUGCAUGUUAUCAGUACUUGACACGGUUUAAUGGCUGCAUAAACAAACACAUUUAUUUAUAUCGUAUAGUUAGGUUAAAAUAGUAGAAAGUUUUUUGUAGUAAAAUAAAUUCAUACUCAUGAACAAUGACACAGAGACUA